GUAUAAAUAAUUAAUUCUCACAUGAAAUCUCUGUAUUUUAUUUCCGUAAUUUAGUUGAGUUUUCCCGCAUUUGAACACAUCCCACUCCACUGGUUUCUCUAUGGUAGCCACGUGUUCUUUCUCAUUUCCUUUCCUUCUUCACGAUCCACAUAUCUUAUUUUCCUUCUUCAUUUCUCUCUGAGGAACCAGUUCGUUCCUUCUUUUCCACGGAUGUUUUAGCUUGAUUAAGAUUUGGAAAGAAAGAUGUCGUUUAAGAAAUUGAAGGAGAGUAUAACUGAAAAAAAAUUAUCUCCAGAAGAGCAGCAGAUCAAGAUCGAAGAAACCAGAAAGAUAAUUGGUCCAAUUGCCGACAAGUUCCCGACUAUAUGCUCGGAUGCAUCAGUGCUAAGGUUUCUUAAAGCACGGAACUAUAAUACUAUUAAGGCUGCAAGGAUGUUGAGAGGCACCAUAAAAUGGAGGCUGGAGUUCAAGCCUGAGAGGAUUCAAUGGGAUGACGUAGCCAAAGAAGCUUUAACAGGAAGGCUAUAUAGGGCUGAUUACUUGGACAAGCAAGGAAGGGUUGUUUUUGUCAUUAAAGCUGGAUUUCAGACUGCAAGUUUGGCAAUGGUACAGAUCAAGUACCUCGUUUACUGUUUGGAGAAUGCUAUAUCAAAUUCACCUUCCACACAAGAACAGAUGGUUUGGCUAAUUGAUUUUCAAGGGUGGAGCACGUCGUGUAUAUCAGUAAAGGUCACCCGAGAUACUGCUCAAGUCCUGCAGAAUCAUUACCCGGAAAGGCUAGGCCUUGCAGUCCUGUACAAUCCACCAAAAUUGUUCGAGUCAUUUUGGACGAUGGUGAAACCGUUUCUUGAACCUAAGACUUACAAAAAGGCGAUAUUUGCGUACCCUGACAACCCGAAGAGCCGAGUGAUGAUGGAAGAACUCUUUGACAUGGACAAGCUAGAAUCCUGUUUCGGUGGAAAUAAUAAAGCGGGAAUGAACUUUGAAGCUUAUGGUAAGAAAAUGAGAGAAGAUGACAAAAGGAUGUCUGGUUUGAUUAAUUCUGGCUGUUCAACCCCUAGUUUUUUAAGCGCGGAAGGUAAUGAAACAUUGCAUUCAAGUAAUGGUUCCGAGGAUGGAUCAUCUUGUAGUGAAGCAGUUUAUUCAAACUUCGAGGAAGAUGAUGAUAUUCAAACACAGACACCUCGCUCCGAAUGUGAACCCGAAAAUGAGGUUGAUCAUAACAAAAUUGAGUGAAGAAGUGAAAUAAAAGAGCACUGAUAACUAACAGGGUCAAUUAUGUUACGCAUCCAAAAUUUACCAAACCAGUAUGUAAUGUUGGUUUUAAAGUGAAAUUGGAGGAAGUUUUAGUUGUGAUUCUUUUGACAUGAGAGUUUCAAUUAGCACUCAGGAAAUAAUGUUAUUUUCUUAUUCCCUCUCUCCUAUUUAUCACUAUCUUUCUCUCUGAGGGGGAGUAGGAUUAUGGUGUUUGUGUUGUGUAAUGUCUAAGGAUUUAUUGAGAAGCACCAUUCACCACUCUUUCAUGACCA